CACCUUUUUUGUAACCGCACCCUCUUACAUGCCCAUUAAAAUGGCGGCACCUAUUGAUGUUAAAAUACAAGAGACUGAGGUUCGAGUUGAAGCUCCUACUCCUCCAGUGAGUGAGUCCUCCCGUACUGAUCCUCCCAAGAGUCCAUCAAAGACAAAAGGACCGUCAAUGAAGCAUAAGAGUAGAUCACAGACAGAAUCUCUGAGAGAAUCUGAGAAAGCACUUCAGCAACUUUUGGAAGAUUUUGAGGAAGGAAAACUCAAUGCUUUUGGUAAUUCUGAUACAUUGUCAAAGUUGACUAAGAUACGUAAGAUGCAGGAAGACUUGACAUUAAGACAUUUUGAAAUUGAUCAAAUGAGAAUUAGUCAAGAGAAUUCAGGUAAAGAUUAUCAAGUAGAAGCAUCUCUUAAUGAACUGACACAAACAUUAGAGAAACUGGGCAAUGAAAUACAGUCGUUGCAUUCAUGAAAAUAAUACAUUGUAUGUCUCAUUUUCUUUUAAUGAUAUUUUAUGUUUAUCAAGUUGGCUAGCUUUGAUUUCUUCAUGAUGUGCAGAAUAUCUA